UCAUCCAAACUAGUCAUCACAAAGACUAUCGUCGAAUUCGAGUCGGUCGCCUUAUAUGCACCGCAACUCUCUCUCUCUCAAAUCAAAUUUAUCUUUAUUCGGACUUUGGCGAAGACUCUAGAAUUUCUCUGUCUCAUGGCUUACAUCGAACGAGGUGUUGUGAAAUCCAAGCGAUCAAUCUGGAAGCUCAGGACAAUCAUUGACUUCUUCUGGGCCAUUGUUAACUACAUAGGCGUGUUUUUUACGACUAUGUUAUCGAUGGAGAAGUCAGAUGCUUACAGGAAAGGCUCUGGUGGUGGCAAGAAAUGGGAUGGUGGUGGGCCAGGGGGGCCAGGAGGUGGACCAUCUGGUAGUGGUCCACGGGGGCCGCCCCGUGGAUUAGACAAUGUUCGUGGACUUGACAGUGUUCGAGGGGACCACAGUUCCUUACCCGCAUGUGGUUCUUGCUGUGGUUAAGCAUCCAAGGUAUCUGUUGUGCAUUUGUGAUAUUGUGAGAUCUCCAAUGGUCUACUUUGAAAUGUGUAAGGAAUUAGGAACCCCCACCCCCAAAAAAUAGCGAGGAACUGAAAUUGUGUAAUAUGGUUAUGUCAAUAGAUUUCUCAAGGAAAAAAAUGUUUCUCAAGUCGUUAAAUAAACCACCAUGUUGUUGUUGUUGUU